AGGUGAACAGGUAAACAGGGGAACAGGUGAACUGGAUCAUCAUGUCCAUCAGUGUGAAUCUGAGGAGGAUCUCCAACCUGCCGGGUCGAUACGACAGAAAGGUGGAACUGUGCUUCAGAGGUUUCACCCACAAAACCAGAGUCCUGCAGUGCGAGAACUUGGCCAUCUUCAACGAGCAUUUCCGGUGGCCUCACUACGGUAAAGUGAUCAGAGAUGAAGUUUUGUCCGUCAGUGUUUACAACUGCAGUAAAGUCUUCUCCAACAGACUCCUCGGUAAACUGGUCGUCAGCCUCCAGCACGUCGUGUCGGCGGGGAGGCUGUUGCUACGGGAACCGCUCACUGACGCCAACUACAGCCUGACUGAUAUUUAUAUCGAGUUGGACAUUCGAUAUCAUCCAGUGGAGGGAACAGCAGGCAGCUGGGAGGGCCUCGACUUCCUGCAGGUGGAAGACAAUGAUGAAUCGGCUGUGGUCAUCAGGAAUGACGGAUUCAGUGACCCUGAGAGUCAGCUGACUGUCACUCGCCCAGGUCAGCUGGAGAGAGAAGCCCGGCGUCUUGGGCGGAGCCUGGUCCGGACCGGGGAUGAAGAUGAUGAAGAUGAUGAUGAUGAUGAUUUUGAUGACGACAUUAUGGACUUGGAGGCCUCCGACAUUAUCUUCACUCCUCUGCUGAGUCGUAGCAGGCCGGUGUACAGAAGUGUUGCCGCGGCGAUGCCCAGAGUCCAGAGCUUUCAGUUGAAUGUGAACAUCCUGGAGGCUCAGAAGCUGGUCGGAGUGAACAUCAACCCUGCAGUUUUCAUCAGAGUCGGAGAUCAGAAAAAACGCACCGCGACGCAGAAAUCCACCAACUGCCCAUUCUACAACGAGAACUUCCAGUUUGAGUUUCAGGAGGCUCCACAGAUCCUCUUUGAUAAAGUCAUAGAGAUAAAGGUGUUCCACAGGCGGCUCCUGGCUUUCCUGAUGACCCACAUUGGAACGUUUAAGAUCGACAUCUCCACCGUGUACAACCAGCCAGAUCACCGCUUCUACCAGAAGUGGGCUCCCCUCAGCGACCCGGCGGACACCAGGUCGGGGAUCAAGGGUUACGUCAAGGCCAGCCUCAGUGUGCUGAUGAAGGGGGACGCUGUGGGCAUGCCCAGCGUGCCAGCGGCCUCCUCGUCCGGAGCCAGUGAGGACAUCGAAAAGAACCUGCUGCUUCCUCGAGGAAUGGCCUCUGAGCGUCCGUGGGCUCGAUUCCGUGUGCGGAUCUACAGGGCCGAGGGUCUGCCCACGAUGGAGGCCGGGCUGUUGGCCAAGAUGUCAAAGGCCACCGACCGGACUGUCUUCAUUGAUCCCUACGUACACGUGACCUUUGCUGGACAACAGGGCGAGACCUCGGUUGCCAGCUCCACCAACUGUCCCGUUUGGAACGAGGAAAUCUGCUUCAUCGAGCAGUUUCCGCCUCUGGCUCAGCGAAUCAGAGUCCAGGUCCUUGAUGAUGCCAAGAUGGGAGACGUCGCCUUGGCAACGCACUUCCUGGACCUGCAGCAGAUUUCCGACCACACCAGGAACGGGUUCAACCCCACCUUCGGACCAAGUUGGGUGAAUCUGUACGGUUCUCCUCAGAACUCCACCCUCGGAGACGUUCACCAGGCCUUGAACCAGGGUCUGGGCGAAGGAAUCUUCUACCGCGGUCGGAUCCUCCUCGCUCUCUGCGUGGACGUUUACUCCUCAUCUGCAACCGUCACUCCAGAAACCAGCUCUGCCGCCGUGGGAAAGGUGAAGGGAGCGCUGGGGAAAUUGGGACUGAAGAUGAAGAAGAGGAGCAGCAAGAAGGGGAAGAAUAAGGAAGCACCUGCUUCUGUCGGCGCAUUGGUGGACGAUUCUGGGGAGGCGGGAGUUGAGAUACCGGAGACUGUUACAGUGGAGAUCGAGGAGAUCCACCCUCUCCCUGAGGGAUUCGUGGGACAACCGGAGGACUUUCUGUUGUUUGCAUCUCUGUUUGAGGUCACUAUGAUGGACCCGUCUGUAGGAACCAGGCCGUUGACCUUUGAACUCUCCAUAGGGAAUUAUGGGAAGGCCGUGGGGGUUGAGAGAUCCAAGAAGAGCCAGAGCAGGGAGGAGCUGAGGAGGAGCAGGGAGGAUCUAAACGAGGAGGGACGGGGCCUGCUGGAGUCGGAGGAGGAGCUGGACAGAGAGGAGGUGCUGAGUCCAGAACCCGAGUCCAGAUCGGUGUCUGCUCCGGCCAGACCGCAGCCCACCGAGUACGACAGGUCCUUCCAGUGUCUUCCCCUCCAGCCUCCCUCUGAGAAACAGAAGCCUUGUCUGUUCGUCUGGAGUCAGUUUGAGGAUCACAGCUUUCGUCUCUAUCAGGCGAACUGGCUCAACAAGACGGCCGACAGGCUGGAGAUCGGUCUUAAUGAGGUGGAACGUCUCUUGAGGAGGCCGAGGAGUAACGUGAAGGAGCGUUUGGUGGAGGUUCUGAUGGAGCUGGUGUCCGCCUGCAAGCAGUUCAAUGUUUUCGCGGACAGGAGGUCUCCGUCUCGUCCUAACAAACUGGACAAAUGCAGGAAGGAGUUCAUCAAGAAGAAUUUGAUCAUUCUGGCCAGACAGGCUGUGAGGUUCAGGCGCAGGAUCACCAGGCGGAUGGUGAAACAGCGGCUGACGGACAGUCGGAAACUCUUGAGGAAACUCCGCCUCCUGGCGAAAGAGCCCCAGACCACCAUCCCAGACGCAUUUCUAUGGUUACUGAGCGGGAGCAAGCGGUUGGCCUACGUCAGGAUCCCCUCCUACUCCAUCCUGUUUUCAUUGGUGGAGGAGCAGAGGGGGCGGGACUGCGGCAGAGUCACCACCCUCUACAUGAAGUCGCCGGGAGGUCCAGCGAGUGAGAUCUUCGCGAAGCUGGAGGUCUACCUUUGGCUCGGUCUGGCCAAGUACAGUAAAGAGGUCACCACCAGCUUGCCGGAGGAGUUUCUGCCGGUCUAUGAGGAAGAGGAUGAGCAGGUGAGGAGGCUCGUCCCCCCGGGGAAGAGGAAGCUUCCUGUCACUGUGUCCUGCCAGGACAGCAGGUACUUCCAGCUAAGAUGUCACAUGUACCAGGGGCGUGGCCUAAUUGCUGCCGAUGACAACGGCCUAUCGGACCCUUUCGCCAAGGUGCUCUUCUCGACACAGUGCCAGGUCACAAGGGUGUUGAAUGAGACCCUCUCUCCAGCCUGGUGUGAGUGUUUGCUGUUCGACAGAGUUCUGUUGGAGGGGACGAGGGAGGAGCUCCAACGAGACCCGCCUCUCGUCAUCAUCAACAUCUACGACCACGACACCAUGGGCAGCCCGAAGCCUCUGGGUAGGGCGUUUGCCGAGCCAGAGUUCAAGUUCGUGGAGAAGCAUUACCAGAAGCCCCACCUCCGUUACUAUGACAUCAGCAUGGGCAAGGCCCCGGCUGGUGAGCUGCUUGCCGCCUUCGAGCUCAUCGAGCUGGACUACUCAGGGUUUGGAGAGCCUUGCGUUCCCAGCAGUGUGGACCCAAAGGAGCUGGCCUACCUGGAGGAGGAGAAAUGUUACAUCAUACCAGAGGGAGUCCGACCUGUUCUGAAGACCUUCAGGAUUGAGGUGCUCUUCUGGGGUCUGCGGGAGCUGAAGCGGGUGCAGCUGUUUGAGGUGGAGCGACCCAUGGUGAGGGUGGAGUGUGCGGGACAACAGCUGGAGUCCGAAGAGAUCGAGAGCUACAAGACUCACUCCAACUUCAAAGAGCUGGUCCGCUAUAUCAACGUGGAUCUGCCGGAGCAGGCCUACCUCCACCCUCCUCUGACGGUGUUUGUAGUGGAGCAUCGGGCAUUCGGUCGGCUCGCUCUGGUCGGGACCCACGUGGUCCAGAGCCUCAUAGACUACGCGCCGCGCGCCCCCGGCGGGGAGCAAGAGGAGGAGGAUAACGAACCGAAAGCAAGGAAGAAUACGAAGAAGGUCAACGCUCUGAUGUCCGUGAAGAACAUUGGACUCAGCGGGCUGCCAAUUAAACAGUCAAAGAUUCCUAUCAACCCCAUCAAGCUGGUUAAUGCUCCUCUGAAGAAGCUGAUGGGGAAGGGCGGGGAGGCAGAGGAGCUUGAGGAGGACACGCCUGAGAAGGAGGAGCUGGAUUGGUGGUCCAAAUACUACGCUUCACUGGAGGAGAUGGAGAGACAGGCGAGACAGGCUGCUGAAGACGAGGAGAAAGAGGAACAAGCAGAGAGCGAAGGGGUUAAUCUGACCAUGGCAAAUAUUGAAGAUGACGAGGAGGAGGAAAUCGUGGUGGUGGAAGUUAAGCCUCCCAAACGCAAGAACAUUGCCACACUGAAGCUGUAUGCAGGCGAUCUGGAAUCCGAGUUCGGUCAGUUUCAGGACAGGCUGCAGACCUUCCCGCUGUAUAAAGGCAAAGCGAGCCCUGAGGACGAAGACGAGGACGAGGAGGAGAGGCUGAUGGGAAAAUACAAGGGCUCCUUCCUGAUUUAUCCCAUUGAUCCGGAAGAUGAAGAAGACACCACUUGUCAGAUCACCAAGGGAAUCCCCAAAAACUCACCGUUCAAAGUCCUGGUCCGAGCCUACAUCGUCAAGGCCACCACCCUGGCUCCCACGGACCCGAACGGUAAAGCCGACCCGUACCUGGUGGUCCGAGCCGGACAGCAGAGCCUGAACACCGCUGACCGAUACAUCCCCAAACAGCUCAACCCCGUGUUCGGCGAGGUUUUGGAAUUCACCGUGUCGUUCCCGCUGGAGACGGAGCUGGUCGUCACAGUGAUGGACCACGAUCUCAUCGGGGCCGACGACGUCAUCGGCGAGACGCGGGUCGACCUUGAGAACCGAUUCUACAGCCGCCACAGAGCGUCCUGCGGCCUGGCUCUCUACUACGACACUGAAGGCUACAAUACGUGGCGCGACGGGAAGAAACCGUCUGCCAUUUUGGCAGAACUCUGCAAGUCUAACGGCGUCCCGCCUCCGGAGUACAGGACAUCCGAGGUCAAAGUCCUUAACAGGAUCUUCAAGAUACCGCCGGACGCAGUACCUGAAGGUCUGUCAAAGAAGAACCAGCGGUCUCCGGAGGAGGAGGCCGAGAUGGAGGAGCACGCAGCCCUGAGCGUGCUGCACCGCUGGGGGGAGAUGAGCGAGUUCUUCCCCGGAGCGCUUCUUCUGGUCCCGGAGCACGUGGAGAUCCGGUCCCUGCAGAACCAGGACAAACCUGGACUUCCACAGGGUUACCUUCACAUGUGGAUUGACAUGUUUCCUACUGAUGCACCUGCUCCGCCCGCCGUUAACAUCAAGCCCCGCCUACCUGAACAGUACGAGCUGCGAGUGAUCAUCUGGAACACGGACGACGUGUUUCUGGACGAUGUGAACCCGUUCACCGGAGACCCGAGCUCCGACAUCUACGUGAAGGGGUGGAUUAAAGGACUGGAAGGAGAGAAACAGGAGACCGACGUCCACUUUAACUCUCUGACCGGGGAAGGAAACUUCAACUGGAGAUUCGUGUUCCGCUUCGACUACCUUCCCACUGAGAAAGAGGUGGUGUUUAAGAAGAAGGAGUCCUUUUUCUCUUUGGAGGAGUCAGAGUUUCGGCAGCCGGCCGUCCUGACGCUGCAGGUCUGGGACUACGACCGCAUUGGCGCCAACGACUUCCUGGGCUCCAUAGAGCUGCGUCUCAACGACAUGGUGCGAGCGGCGAAGGAAUCCAGUAAAUGCACCAUUCAGAUGGCCAAGGAGCGGGCCAGCCCUCGGCUCUCCAUCUUUCGCGCCAAGAAGAUGAAGGGCUGGUGGCCGCUGACCCGCCCGAAGACGGCCGAGGACUUCGAGAGGGAGGAGAAGGAGAGGGAGGAGGCCAAGAAGAAGGGAAAUAAGAAGAAGAAGAAGAAGGACAGGAGGAGCAAAAUGAAAAAGGAGGAAAUCGAGUACACUGACAGCAGUGGCAGCACCUUCCUGCUAAUGGGGAAGGUGGAGGUGGAGCUGCAGCUGGUGACAUUGGAGCAGGCGGAGGGAAACCCUGUGGGUCGGGCACGCAAGGAGCCGGAGCCUCUCGACAAACCAAACCGUCCCUCCACCAGCUUCAACUGGUUCGUCAACCCGAUGAAGACCUUCAUCUUCCUCAUCUGGAAGAAGUUCAAGAAGUUCAUCAUCGCUCUGGUCAUCCUCGCCAUCCUCACGCUCUUCCUCGGCCUCAUCGUCUACACGCUGCCGCAGCAGAUCAGCUCCCUCAUCAUCAAAGGGUGAAGAAACCAGCGGGGAGACUUCAUUCCGACCCCCCCACCAUCCCCCCCCCAUAUGCCAAAGACUCCCAGUCUCAGGUUUCUAAUCCGGGACUGAUCCAGUUACUGAGAAGCCUAAUCAGUAAAUCUCCUGUGUGCUUAAAAUAAAAGAUUUCCUUUAAUUGAUACGAGCAAUUUACGACAUUAGUACGGUUUGGAUAAAAAUAAGUUAUAAACCAAAUCAGUAACCAGUCAGGCAGUAACAGUAUAAUCAGGUGAUUUGUUGCAAUGAGUGAUCCGCUGCACUACAUUACCCAGCAUGCUCCUUUAUACACAUGUAUACACAUACUACAUAAUGGCAUUUGGGGAUUUGUUUUUAAUACACAACCAGAAGAAAUUACUGGACACAGUUUACUGCAGAUUUAAAUUUAAAUCAUAUAUUUAUGUGGAUGAAUCAGCACUUUAUCCAAAACUCAGAGAUAACUCUGUUGUAAAAAAGUCUAGUUUUGUUGAUUUGAUUGUUGCAAAUGGUAUAUUUUGAAAGUAAAUAAAAUAAGUGCAUUCAUAUUUUUGGUAAAAUUUUGCGAAAUGGCUGAUGUUAUAAAAUGUACAAGUUUGUUGAAUUUGAAAGUUAGCUUUUGUUUCUGAGUAAAUACAUGAAUAAAUUAAUGUCAGUCCAAAACCAGAUAAGUUAAAAGAAAAUGGUUGAAUUCUUGAAUACAUGUAAACAAUGUAAUGUUUGUCCUAAGAGGGUGAGGGGAGGGGGGCAGAGGAAAAGUAAUGUGGUCGUUCAAAUGAAGAGGAUUCCUCCUCUGGAGAGCAGGAACGUGAUCGGGGGAUCUCAUGGAGGAGAGAUAUCAGACUACAAAUCCUGAACAAAAUAUGUGUAAACGACCACAGAAACUGACAGAA